AUACACACAUACAAACACAGAAAAGAAAGAAGGUGGUCGAUCUGUGUCAAGAAAGAUUUGGGAGCUAAUAGAUCAUGGAAGUCGGAUUUCAUCCGUUCACUAUUCAUCAAGAAGACAACCAAAACUCACCGGAAAACAGCGAUGAUUCACCGGCUUCCGCUCUGUUCUACGACACCAAAGCAACAUCUACAUCCUCUCCUAAACGAAGACGAGGGACACAGAAAAGGGUGGUGCAGGUACCGAUCAAAGACGUUGAAGGAUCUCGUUUAAAGGGCGAGACGAAUGCUCCGCCGUCUGAUUCUUGGGCUUGGAGAAAGUACGGCCAGAAACCCAUCAAAGGAUCUCCUUACCCAAGGGGGUAUUAUAGGUGUAGUAGCUCCAAAGGUUGUCCAGCAAGAAAACAAGUAGAAAGGAGCCGGACGGACCCUACAAUGGUGAUGGUGACAUAUUCGUGUGAGCACAACCACCCUUGGCCGGCAUCUAGAAACAACAAUCAUCACCACCACAAUGCACCAGCGUCACCUCCGUCCACCACCACCACCGAACCAGCCACUUCCAACAUCGAUGACCAAGUGGAAGUAGAACCGCCAACCUUCACUAGGCAAUCCGAGCCCGAGCUUGAGCGUGAACCUGAACCUGAACCUGACCAAAAGUUCACAAGCCUCGAAGUGGGAUCAUGUGGGCCAUUCGCAGCAACCACGGACCAAUACAGGUGGUUCUCAGACUUGGACUCCACUUCAUCAACCAUGCUCGAAAGCCCCUUAAUGGCUAGGGACAUAGUCGAAGAUAGCGACAUGGCGAUGAUCUUUUCGAUUAGAGAAGACGAAGAGUCCUUUUUCGCCGAUCUAGGCGAACUACCGGAAUGCACGACGGUUUUCAGGCGGAAAGUGGUGGAGGAGCACCGCCGGAACUUGGCUCCAUGGUGUGGUACCACCGGGUGAUGACGUUGCAAGAAUCAAUAAGUAAUUACAGAGAAAAAUGUCACCUAACAAAUUUGUCUUAACUGUGGGCAGGUAUAUGUAAAACUCCAAGAUUUGCAUACAGUGCGGCUAAAGAUACCGAAAGAAGCAAUUUUUAAAAUCUUUCCAUAUUUGAAUUUCUUUUUUUUUUCUUUUUAUUAUUAAUUUCAUUAGAUAUUCCAAGAUUUCAGUGUCAUGAAAAAUAAAUAAAAAAAUGGGAAAAAAAAUGUUAUUGGGGAGAAAUAUGUCUCGAUAUGUGCGUAGUUAAGCAUUCUAUUGGCCAUGCCACUUUAACCAAAGUU